AUGUUAUAUCUAACAUCACUUUCGAAGAGCGACGAGGCCAUGAGAGAAGCAAGAGAAGAAGAUGUCCAUGUACUUGGAAAAAAGAUGGCCGGAACAAGCGAAAUUCUAAAAACCAAACCGCGUCUCGCAUAUGAUUUGCCUUACACAACUGCUGUGAUUAAGGAAACGCUUCGCAAGGCUCCAGCUGCAUCAAGUUCUAGACAAGGAUAUGCAGGUGUCACUCUUAUGAUGACAAAGGUAAAGCAUGUCCUACCGAUCGUGCAGUUUACUUCGAAGACCAUGGAGGCAUGCAACGAGCACCUAAGUUCUGUGAUGAUGAAGUCGAAGGUUUUGUUGGCGUAUACUUCAAAAGAGUUUCUGCUCGAAGAUGCAUAUGAGAGAUAUGAUAAGGCUCAUCGGAGGGAAGGAUUACUGACGUACAAGGGAGAAAGGACACGUCAGAAUGAGGAAGCAGCAGCACACCCGAGUACCCAUUAUGUCUAG